AUUUUAUAUUCAAGGUGCAGCUUCACUCAACAGGUGUCUGAGUCAGGGCGACGGCUCUUAGCGGAUUUUUCCUACCGUUUUCUUUUAAAAAUACAUUUUUUUUGUUAAUUUAACGUCGGAGGAUUACGAAAACCAAGCUCAUUUGGAGAAGCAUUAAGCCUAUAACUAUUUGCUGAACUACUACUUUCAGAUAUAGUUUAUCUUUUAAGUUCAUUGUGAGAAGAUGGCAAAUAAAGGACUUCAGCUCCUGGGAUUUACUCUAUCGCUUCUGGGGUUGAUUGGGCUCAUUGUUGGCACAAUCUUACCCCAAUGGAAGAUGUCUGCCUACGUUGGAGAUAAUAUCAUCACAGCGAUAGCGAUGUAUCAAGGCCUUUGGAUGUCGUGCGCUUUCCAGAGCACCGGACAAAUGCAGUGCAAGGUGUACGACUCCAUCCUACAACUCGAUAGUUCUCUCCAGGCAACUCGUGCCCUGAUGAUCGUCGGGAUCCUUCUCACAGUAGCAGGACUGGGUGUGGCCAGCAUGGGCAUGAAGUGCACUAACUGUGGUGGUGAUGACAAGGUCAAAAAGUCCCGCAUUGCCAUGACAGGCGGCAUAGUCCUCGUUGUUGGAGCCCUCUGUAGCAUUGUUGCCUGUGGCUGGUUUACGAAUCAAAUCGUCCGGGACUUCUACAACCCUUUCACACCAGUCAACACGAAGUAUGAGUUUGGUGCAGCCAUUUUCAUCGCCUGGGCAGGUGCAUUCCUGGACAUAAUGGGUGGAGGCAUGUUGGCUGCCUCCUGCCCAAAGGGAAAAUCAUCUCCCAAGUACCCCAAGUCCUCCAGACCCCCCAGCAGCAGCAAGGAGUACGUUUGAGCCAUGGCGGCAGUUCACAAGCUGGAGAAGAUCAUAAUGAAUCACAGAGCAUUUGUAGAAGUUUCCGUAGUCAGCUGAUCUCAGAUCUGUUUAGAUUUUAAUUUCUUGUUUUGUGUUUGACUUAGAGUGGAACAAACUGUUAAGAUCAGUGUCCUUGGGAAAAUUUUACUCAUGCUCUGAUACAGCAGCCCACCUCAGAAAAAGGGGUCACUUCUGUUUUCUUUCUAUUGAUAAGCACCAAGUUUAUUUUUUCCUAUUUUAAGCCUGGUUACUGAUGUGAGUUUGGAAAGAGGGGGUUCUUCCCCAGUGUGUUCCUCGUUUCAUAAGACUGCCAUGUUUAGUGGACAUGAAAGAGAGAGGCAUGCUCAGGGUAAAAUCGUCACUCAUUAAGGCAUCAUCUUUAUUGCAUCUCUAUUGUAAAGCCAUGUCCUGACCUCAUCUGCCUUGCUUGCUUUGUGAAUUGUGCCAGACACUGAGGUGCAUGAAAAGAUCAUCUUAAACUUUAUCUUGUUUUUUUUUUUUUUUUAAGAGCAAAGGCCAGCAUGCAAAUUUUUGGUUCACUUUACUGUAUAAUUUCAGGCCAGUGACUGACAUACCAGACCUUCUCUUUUCAAACAAUACUUCACCUUAUACAAAUCAUCUGAGGGAAGUUUGCUAUUGAAAGACAGUUUUUGAAAGGAAGUAGUAAAGUAUCGAGCUACUCAAAAGAGAACUAUAAUGGAAUCAAGUGGUAUGUUGAUGGAAUUAGACUGAAAUUGCUGGCAUGCUUCUAGAGCUAGACAGAAACUAGGUGGAUAAACGAAAGCUUGACUUGGUUUGGGUGAGGCUAAAGAUAAAGAAACUAAAGUACUAAACUUCUCAGUCAAGUCAAUUUUUUUUUAAUUUUAUUUUUUUAAUUUUAAAAUCAAAGAAACCGCUCUUAUUUAUGAAAAGUGAAACUUUUCAGUUGCUUUUGUGCUUCAGCUCCUCAGUGUCCUUCCUGAUAUUAAGCUAAUGUUACAAAAUCGCCUUUCUUGUUUUAUACACACCAUUGAUUGGUCAGGAGAAAAGCUGUAGAUAUUUGCUCAGUUUUAUCACAGCUGGUUACAAUCCAAGACUUGUGUGAAUUGUCUCUUUCUAUCCACAACAACAUGAGCAUGUGACAUGCAAAAACUGGUCCUCUACGGCUAUUGUUUUUUUGUUUUUGUUUUUCUUUGGUCUUUGUGCUUGGACCACUUGAGGUGGGUUGCCCUCAAGUCUAUUUAGGAUAUUUGUAUUAUAUAUUUGUAACCAGCUUAUGCAAAUAUUUAACUUUUUGAAACAUGUUUGACUGUUCAGUUUGCAAUAUAAAACAUUUUAUGUAAAUAAAUUUUUUAAAACAAGA